AUGAUUACAGAAUUUGUCCUCUUGGGAUUUGGGGACAUUUAUGGGUUUCAGAUUCUUCUCUUCCUGGCAUUUCUAGUCAUUUAUAUUGUGACUGUAAUGGGAAAUAUUCUCAUCUUUGGGCUUGUUGUGUUUGAUAAAUACCUGUAUACUCCCAUGUACUUCUUCCUGGGGGAUUUCUCCUUCUUGGAGGCUUGCUACUCCUCUAAUCUAUUUCCAAGGAUGCUUUUGGCUCUCUUAACUGGGAAUAGAAUAAUUUCCUUUAGUAGCUGCCUCACCCAGUGGUAUAUCAUUAGUUCCUUGGAAGCUACAGAAUGCUGUUUGCUGUGUGUGAUGUCUUAUGACAGGUAUCUAGCAAUCUGUAAACCACUCCAUUAUACAACAACCAUGACGAUCCAGACCUGUAUCCAAUUAGCAACUGUAUCUUGGAUUAAUGUUUUUUUCUUUUUCUUUAUAUUACUCAUCCUGAUGUUGCAGUUAACGUUUUGUGGCCCCAGUGAAAUGGAUCAUUAUUUUUGUGACUAUUUCCCACUCCUAAAAGUAUCCUGUAGUGAUACCAGUUUGAUGAAAAUGUUGAGCAUUGUUGUUGUGGCCAUUUUUACACUGCCUCCUUUUCUAACCUUGACAUCCUAUGUAUAUAUCAUAGCAGCCAUCUUGAAAAUCCCCUCCUCCACAGGGAGGAAGAAGGCCUUUUCCACUUGCUCUUCUCACUUGGUUGUGGUUUCUAUUUUCUAUGGGUCACUAAUGACUGCAUAUAUGGUACCACCAGAGCAAGAAUUAAAGAGAAACAAGAGGAAGUUUUUAUCUCUCCUAUACACAGUGCUGCCCCCUUUGUUCAAUUCUUUCAUAUACAUCCUGAGAAACAAAGAGAUGAACAAUGCAAUGAGAAAUAUUGUUGGUCAUUUCUGCCAUACAAAUAAUGUUAGAUGA